AUGGCCCUUCGCCGCAGUACCCGCUUAUUGGCUGCAACUUCCCUUGAGCACUCGAUUCACGUUUCAACACGGUCGCUCAUAAACGAAUCUCAAUUCGAGUCUGCUGAUGGAAAUGCACCGAAACGCGUCAGGAAACGAAAGCUGUCAAGUGACCAAGGACUGUCGGACGAAGACAGUGGAGAAUAUUCCAUGGGGGCUUCGUCAAAGCCCCCACCUACGAAACGAAGAGGAAAGGUGGAGGCAGUCACCUACGUCAUUCCAGAUGUACAAAGGAAAGAAACGACAUACAAGGGCAGGCUAGGAUAUGCUUGCUUGAAUACCGUUUUGCGAAACAAGAAGCCCGCCAGUGAGGCCGUCUUUUGUUCAAGAACAUGCAGAAUAGACUCGAUAAAGAAGAAUGGUCUGGAUUGGGUGAAAGAACUCGGCAAGAAGAACGUCGAGGAUCUGAUGACCGUCAUUCAAUGGAACGAGGAUAACAAUAUUCGUUUCUUCCGGCUUUCUUCUGAAAUGUUCCCCUUCGCAUCUCAUGCAGUACAUGGGUACACCCUGGAGUACUGUUCCGAGCUUCUUGCGAAGGCCGGCGCCCUUGCGAAAAAGUACGGACAUAGGCUCACCGUCCAUCCUGGCCAGUAUACCCAGCUGGGGAGCCCAAAGCCCGCAGUGAUCCAAGCCUCCAUCAAGGAGCUAGUUUACCACUGCGAAAUGCUGGAUCGAAUGGGUGUGGAUGCCGACGGUGUGAUGAUCAUCCAUGGAGGUGGGAUGUAUGGCGAUAAACCUGCUACUCUCGAACGUGUCAAAGCGACGAUCACGAAUCUUCUUCCAAGCAAUGUCAGACAAAGACUCGUUCUUGAGAACGAUGAAAUGUGCUAUAAUGCUGAGGAUCUCUUACCUCUUUGCGAAGAACUAGACAUCCCACUUGUUUUUGACUAUCACCACGACGCGAUAUUCCCUUCUUCUAUCCCACCCGCAGAAAUCAUCAAGCGAGCCAAUAUGAUAUGGGCCCGACGCGGUAUUCGCCCCAAGCAGCACCUGAGCGAGCAACGACCGGGCGCUGUCACUAUAAUGGAACGAAGAGCGCACUCAGAUAGAUGCGAGAACUUGCCACCAGAUCUGCCUGAUGAUAUGGAUCUGAUGAUCGAGGCAAAGGAUAAAGAGCAAGCGGUUCUCUAUUUGCAUCGAAUGUACAACCUUCACCCCGUCAAAUACGAAUCCCUUCGCCCAGCAGAUGCUAAUCCCACCAAAGAAACGAAGGGUCGCAAAUCCACCAAAAACGCCCAAGUCAAGGCCGCGGAUGAAAAUGCUUUGCUAUCACCAGAUGACCUACCUGACCACAUUGGCGAAACGAUGGACGAGAAAUCUUUGCCGGGAUCGAAAAGAAUUACUAGGAAGCGGACCACUCGUACGAGUCGGAUUACGAAGACAGCAAACGAGGAUGAGAUGAGUGAAUUAUUAACGGAAGCCGUGAAUCUUCAGGAGGAAAAUCAGAGUGCAUAA